CGAGCAGCAGCCGCAGCAUGGCGCCCAAGCGGGCCGCUCCGCCGGCGCCGGCGUCGCCGCGCAAGCGCACCAGCAGCCGCGACCAGCCGCUGCUCGCCGCCUUUCUCUCCGGCAGCGCGCAGGCGCAGGCAAAGGGCAAGGCGCGCGAGCAGCGGCCGGAAGCAGUGCCGGAGCAUGACGCAGCGGCGCGCCCGGCGACCCCAGAGAGCGACGAGCAGAUGGCGCGCCGUCUGCAGCAGGAGUGGGACGCCGCCGACAGUGCUGCACUCGCCGUCAAGGGCGAGCAGAGCAGCACAGGCGCUGGCACUGGCGCCGUUGAUGCUGUGAAGAGUGAGCCGACCGCGGCCAGCGGCAGCGGCGUUAGGAUCGCUCCGCUCUUCCAGUCGCCGAAGAAGCCGCGCGCCGAGAAGACCGAGCCAAGCAUCAAGGCGGAGGCACAGGACGCACGAAGCGCAGUGGAGGAAGGCGCGGGCAGCUGGAACGCAGCGCCAGAGAGCAGCUUCUACGGAGCGCUCGACGCGCUGGACCUGACGCAAGAUCCGUUCGAGUUCGACCCGACGGCGCUCGACACGUCUGCGUGGCCGCGCACCUCCGCUGGCGCCACGGCAGCGCCGUAUCGGCUGCUCUCGAUCGCAUGCGCCAGUCUCUCGGGCACGCGCUCGCGCAUCCUCAUCUCGAACGUCUGCGUCAACACGCUGCGCAUCUUGAUCCACCACGACGCGGCGGCUGUCGCGCCCGCAGCGUACCUGCUGAGCAACCACAUUGCGCCUCCGUACGAGGGGAUUGAGAUGGGCAUCGGCGGCUCGGUCAUCACGGCCGCCGUCAAGGAGGUGACGGGCGUCAGCGCACAGCGCCUCAAGAGCCUCUGGAACGCACACGGCGAUCCCGGAGACGUGGCGUACGAGGCGCGCCGCGGCGUCAAGUCGCUCAUGCAGCCUGCGCCGCUGACCAUCGUCAAGCUCUUUGAACAACUGCACGCCAUGGCGCGCAUGUCAGGCACCGGCUCAGCAGCGCAGAAGCGAGCCGUGGUGACACGGCUGCUCGUGGCGGCACGAGACGAAGAGACGCGCUUCCUGGUCCGCACGCUCGAUGGCAAUUUGCGCAUCCGAGCGGUGCGCACCACGAUUGCCGCAGCGCUCGCGCGUGCCUUCGUGCUCGACGGACCUCAGUCGGGACGCGAGGGGAGCUUGAGCAUCACGCGUGACGAGAGCAGCGGACUGCGACUGCAGCCGGCCAAGCCCAAGGAGCGCGAGAAUGUGCGGUGGAAGGAGCUCUCGGCCAGGAUUGCGCGCGCCGAGCGGACAGUCCGCGAGGUGCGAGCUCGCUGUCCCGACUUCACACGCAUUGCAGCUGCACUGUCGGCGGGCGGCAUCGACGAGCUCUCGGAGCGAGUGCCGUUGCGUAUCGGCACGCCAUUGGCGCCGAUGCUCGGCAGCAUCACGCGUUCCCUGCCCGACAUGCACUCGCGCCUCGGACCGCGCAAGUUUGUGAGCGAGUUCAAGUACGAUGGACAGCGCGUGCAGAUCCACGCUUGCCAUGUGCCGCGAGACGCCGAAGACGCAGACCGGCGACGCGCGGAGUUGAAGGGCGGCAAGGGCCGCUGGGUAGGCCAGAAUGCCGACGUCUUUGUGCGGUUGUUCAGCCGGCACCUUGAGGACAUUACCGACAAGUACCCGGACAUUCUGGACGCCAUGCCGAUCCUCAUGGGCGUCGACAGCGACGCCGGAAGCAGCGAGGUGCCGAAGGAUGCGCCUCGGCGGGCUGUGCAGUCCUUCGUCGUCGAUGCCGAAGUCGUCGCGCUGGGGCCCAACGGCGAGCUGCUGCCGUUCCAGACGCUCGCCUCUCGCGGACGCAAGGACGUGGCGCUGGCGAGCGUCAAGGUGCGCGUCGGCAUCUUCGCGUUCGACCUGAUGCUGCUGGAUGGACAGCAGCUGCUCAAGAAGUCCUUUCGCGUCCGCCGCAAGCUGCUGCACACGCGCCUGCCGACACUCACGCCUGGCGAUGCCCGUCUGGCUCGCUUCACCCACGUGCGCUCGUGCGAAGCUACCGAGCCGGACGAGGUGAAGAAAUUCUUCGACGAGGCACGCAGCUCGAAAUGCGAGGGCAUCAUGGUCAAGAGCCUCGAUCAUCACUGGGCGCCGGCUGCGGAAGCCAACAGCGAGGGCGACGACGAGGCAGCAGCGCCAAAGCUGGAGCAGCUCGCAGACGAAGUCGGCGACGACGUGACGCAGGCCGAUCUCGACACGGCCGAGCCGGACGUGGAGCUGAGCACGGCGGUGGGCAAGGGUGUGAAUGGGCGCGGCAAGGCGCUGCUCUCGAGCUACGAGCCCGACAAGCGCUGCGAGAGCUGGCUGAAGGUCAAGAAGGACUACGUCGACGGCAUUGGCGACACGCUGGACCUCGUGCCGAUUGGCGCGUGGCACGGCAUGGGCCGCAAGAACGAGUGGUGGUCGCCCGUGCUCUUGGCGACGUACGACCCCGACACGGGGCAGUACGUGGCGCUGUGCAAGUGCAUCUCGGGCUUCACCGACGUCGAGUACAAGAGCAUCAAGUUCGAUCGCUUCAAGCUCAACGGCGACGCGUGCUACGAUGCGCGCGCCGAGGACUGCCGGCACGACUACGACACGGGCGGGCUGCGGCCGGACGUGUGGUUCGAGCCGCGCGAAGUCUGGGAGAUCCGCGGCGCCGACAUCACGCUGAGUCCGGUGUACAACUGCGCCAAGGGCCUCAUCUCGCCCGCGCGCGGGCUGUCGCUGCGCUUCCCGCGCUUCCUCAAGGUGCGCGACAGCGCCGACAAGGGCCCUGAGGAGGCCACGACGCCACGCAUGAUGGCCAACCUGUACCUGAGCCAGAACGAGGCGGGCGCGAUACCCGGCGAGGCUGUGGACGAGGAGGAAGAGGAGUGAGAGGCGCAGCGGCGUGUGUACAAGCGCCUCGCGGUAGUCAGGCCUCUGUGCGCUGUGCUUGCAAUGUCAUUCCUCGCCGUCGCCCACCUCCCGCCCUGCCUGGUCAUUACGACCGAUCAGCCGGUUCGCCAGGCCCACAGCGCCCGACUCUUCGUCCUGCUCCACCAUAUCCGCCUCCUCGUCGCCUCUGCCAAAUGCC